UUCAACCUGAGUCAAUCUCUCCAUCCUUCACUCCCCAUCUCGUCAUGUUGCCCAUCGCUGCUGCUGCUGCCGCCGCCGCCGCCUUCGCUGCCCUGGCAUCUGCCCAGUCCACGCCAUGGCCCGCGUUCGGCAAUUGGACCGAGACCUUCAAGGGCCACGACUACAUUCUCUCGGGGCCCCGAGUCUUAGGCAGCAAGAUCGACUUUGAACUCGAACGGUGUCAGUACGUCUGGAACACCCUCAACGAGCGCGCCAACGACACCUCCGUGCCGGCUCCGUCCUCGGCCGAGCGAUGCAUGGACCUGCUCUUCGCUCGCAAGUCGGCCAUCGGCGACAAGGGGUUCCUCGACAUCUUCGCCGACGACAUCCAGGAGGCCAAGCAGUUCUGGUACGACGUCAACGACAACUCGACGCUCGACGACCCGGCCACCUGGAAGGCCGUCGAGUGCCGCGCCCUCGUCCACCUCCCCAACGUGACCGCAUGGGCCUUUUCGGCCUGGUCCGCCUCCCCCUUCGCCGACGCCGCCAACAAUCGCGGCAACGCGGAGCACUACUUCAAGUACUCGGACCACACCGGCGCCCUCGGCACCUCGCACAUCCUCGAGGGCUGGGGCGGCGUCACGACCAACUUCUCCAUCCCCAACUACAGCCCCCAGACCUGCGCCCAGCGGCCCAUGGUCCGCCCCUUGCCCGAGUUCCCCAUCAAGGCCUGCGGCGACAAGAACCUGGUCGACGAGAAAAACACCAACUUUGGCGUGCUCAACAUUGCCGCCCGCGAUUUUGUCGGCUGUGACAUGACGAGGAGGGUUGAUAUCUAUGCCUCCAUCUGGUACGGUAGCGCCAUUUCCGAGGAGCACCUUGAGGCGGAGCGCCAGCAUGUCAUCAUCGAGAUCGUCAACAUGAGUCUCCAGGCGCAAGAAGACAUCGAAAGUGGCAGAUUUGCGGUUCCUCCGCCUCCGACCGCUUGAGAGUAGGCGUGACGGAGCCUUGGGUGUAACUUUUAUAGAGUCCCGUGCAACCACUCGUUGCCAGUCCAAGAAUCAUUCAAUUCUUUACUACAUAUUUUCUGUUACCCAGUAAUACACUAGACCUCUUGGAGUCUCGAACGAUCUGCUACCAUUGUAACUUCUUUGGUGUUGGGGUGGGAAAGCCUACUGAAAUAGAUAACCUACUAAUCUGCUAAGGCGCAGCCAAGGUGUUACUCUAGCUGUCCUUAGGCGCAUCGCAUAAGAAGGGAAACUGUUUAUAACUAGCUAUAAGGAGCGCUUUUAGCAAAAUGAUAGUCCC